GUUCCACCCAUGUCCGAAGAGACGUUCUUGGCCCCUUGUACCAAAACUACGGCAGAACGAAGCGUCUUUCAAUCAACGGGCAUCCUGAAAGUCAUCAUCCAAUCAGCUCAUAUCGAUUCUGGCGUCAGGUGGUGUCUUCAGCCACCAAGCCCUUUCGUUGUCGUGCAGGGAGGGUUCGUCUUCCAAAGAACGAAGACGCGAGAUCACACAUACGAUCCUAGCUGGCUAGAGGAAACUUUGUUUCUACUUGUGAGUUCGGCGGACGAGAAUGUCAAGCUCAAGGUGUACGAUGCGCACAGACACUGGAAAAAUCGAUUGCUUGGGGUCGCGGUGCUUAGAGGAGGGACACUUGACACACAGCUGGCUCUGCUAAGAAGAGGGCAGAAAGUGGGAGAUCUGUCAUGCUCAGCCUUUUAUUAUCCAGCGGAAGCCGCAGACGAUGGAAGUGAGACGGGAAUCGCGAGACUGACUCUUCAUCGCGUUGAAGGCUUGGCACAGCCACCAGUGGCUAACGGAUGCAACGCUUUUGGAUUGCCAGCAACGAAGCUGAGAGCAUUAGUUCGUCUGGAUUGGGAUGAGCGGCCAAUAUUCGCCACUAAGAAGGUUGUGUUGAAGGAUGGCGUCGCAGCGUGGGAGUUGGCCCAUGAGUUCCUAUGUCGCAAGAGCUCGACAUGCAAGGUAAACAUCGAGGUUUGGAAUGAAACCAGGGGCGAGCAGGUUGGGCUUGUCCAUAUCGGGCUAAUGGAGAUGGUUGAAGCAGAGCGAGCAAGUUGGCCGUUGGCAGGAACAUCGGUGGCCACAGUCAAAGCGUCGGCCGAGUGGCGCCGCGUCACACUGUGA